UUAAUCGUGGCCAUUCCUACGUGUAGACUGGCUCGAAAUUUUUUCUUUUUCGUUUUGCUUAUAAAUAUUGUGAGAAAAAGUUGUUUGAAAGAAACCCAAAGAAAGUAAAAAAAAAAAUUGUUUGGUCUUAAAAUAUAGAGGCAAUUUUGGAGUAUUGGUAUAUUGUGGUCAUAUUCUUCGUGUAGUGUUUAUAAUUGCAAAUCGUUUCUUUGCCGAUAAUUAUCUACAAGUUGAAAAUCGGUAGUCGAAGUUCGCACACGCGUGUUUCUAAAUUUUUUUUUGCUUCUAUACGUUCGUAAAUUCGUGUUCGUCUUGAUCGGUUGCUCCAACAUAUUUUUUAUUAUUAUUUAGGUGUAAAAUUGGAACAGCGAAGUUGAGCAACUCCUACGUGACUUCUCUUUGAUGGAUGAAGUGAUUGUAUUAGAUAGUGACAACGAGCAGGACCAAUCAUCCGACAUGGAAGUAGAGACAGUAGAAUUGGAUUCCGAGCAAAUCGUUCCCAAGGACAAUGCUACUAUUGCAGAGGAGAAGAAAAAGCUUGGCAAUGACCAGUACAAAGCACAGAAUUACCAGGCUGCACUUAAGCUCUACUCCGAUGCCAUUCAAUUGUGUCCCGACUUCGCUGCUUACUAUGGCAACCGCUCUGCCUGCUACAUGAUGCUUUCUAACUAUAUCAAUGCAUUGAACGACGCCCGUCAGGCUGUGCGAUUAGAUCCAAAAUUCGAGAAGGCAUACGUACGCAUCGCCAAAUGCUGCUUGCUAAUGGGUGAUAUGGUCGGUUGCGAACAGGCUAUCAAAAAAGUGUUGGACUUGGACUCGCAAAGUAAUGCUGUUAAAUCGGAGCAACAGGGAUUGCAGCAAUUGCGUCAGCUGGAGAAGACGAUACAAACAAAUUACGAUUCCAAGGCUUUUCGCAAUGUUGUCUAUUACUUGGACAGUGCAUUGGCAAUAGCACCUGCCUGCAUUAGAUAUCGUUUGCUCAAAGCCGAAUGCCUCGCUUUUCUCGGUCGGUGUGAUGAGGCCGUUGAUAUUGCCGUAAGCGUUAUGAAGCUGGACACCACUUCGGCUGAUGCUAUAUAUGUUCGUGGUUUGUGUCUUUACUACACUGAUAAUCUUGAAAAAGGCAUAUUGCAUUUUGAACGCGCACUCCAACUUGAUCCCGAUCAUAAAAAAGCCAAAGAGAUGCGAAACAAAAGUAAAGCUCUCAAAGAGAUGAAGGAAAAUGGCAACACCCUCUUUAAGUCUGGUCGUUUUCGUGAAGCACAAACUGUAUACACAGAUGCACUAAAGAUAGAUGAGCUGAACAAGGACAUAAAUUCGAAACUUUUAUACAAUCGUGCAUUGGUAAACUCGAAAAUCGGUGCAUUGCGUGAUGCUAUCGCUGAUUGCACAAGAGUUUUGGAUAUCAAUUCACAAUAUCUGAAAGCUUUGCUUUUACGUGCGCGCUGCUAUAAUGACCUAGAGAAAUUCGAAGAGUGCGUGAAUGACUACGAAACUGCUUUGCAGUUUCAAAAAACUCCCGAAAUCAAGAAACUAUUGCGCGAUGCAAAACUGGCACUGAAGAAGUCGAAGCGUAAAGAUUACUACAAGAUCCUUGGUAUUUCUCGCAGCGCAACCGAAGACGAAAUAAAGAAGGCAUACCGAAAGAAGGCAUUAGUGCACCAUCCGGACCGGCAUGCCAAUAGUAGUGCUGAAGAACGCAAAGAAGAGGAACUGAAAUUCAAAGAAAUUGGGGAGGCCUAUGCGAUUUUGUCAGAUCAACGGAAAAAAAUGCGUUAUGAUAGCGGUCAAGAUAUAGAGGAUCAAGAGCAAGAUUUGGAUCCAAAUCAAAUGUUCCGGCAUUUCUUCCAAUUUAGCAGUGGAACAGGACCCGGGGCAUCAUUCGGAUUUGAAUUUUAAAUUUUGCAUGGACACCUCAUCACAACCACAAUCUUUUUCGUAGGAUAUUUGUCAACAAAGCAAGCGGCGGAGAUAUAUUUGUGCAAAAGUUAAAAAUGAAACCAAAACCAAAUUGUUACCGUUGCUUGUCGCAAAUUCGAAGGAAAUUUAAAACAAAAAUAAAAUUACCAACGUUUUAUGUAUUUUUAUUUAAAUAUAUAUUGAGUAUUACAAGGGUUUUGCAAUAGCGGUUAUCGAGAGAGCGAACCGAAUUAAAUUCUAGUUCAUUGUAGAAUUCCAGCUAUUAUAACUAAGCACAAUUCAUAUUCCGAUGGAAACAAGAGUUAUAGAAAAUUUUUGUAACAAAAAUUGUGGACGGUAAAUUAAAAGCAGUAAUACUGGAUACUUAACAACCAAAAUACAGUAAAGCAUUUUUGAUGCCCAAUUUAAACAUAUACAAUUUCAAUUUAUGUAUGUGAAUGUCUACUUGUUUAUAAUGUCAAUAAAAGAGUACAUCGAUGGACUUCAA